GUGACGCAUAUUACUUUUUAUCAGUCAGUAGAUUUUAGCGUGAAAUUUCACGGACCCGCCACCACCGUGUGUUCGUACAUUAUUGCAUGCGACGGUCCACUCGUAGGAAUUCCGCGUCGAUGUGUGCAAAAAAAUGGUUCUUGAGUGAAUAUGGAAAAAUACCCAUUAAAACGGACUGGACUGUCGUCGCCGCAUAAUUCGCCCACGUAUCAGUCCGUAAACAAAAAGCACUACAACGGGAACGGUUCGAGGGCCACCUACACGGCCAAUGACGAUAUGAUCGACAUCACGACGUCGGGGGGCGGCGCCGACCGCACCACCAGGCUCGGCGAAGAUGAGGACGGCAUGUCGCAUUAUUCCGUGGCGUUUGGAGGGAUUCAAGAAUCCGCUGAUAUACCGGGCAUUGGACAGUACGAUGACUUCCACACAAUCGACUGGCAACGCGACAUCGCUCGCGACCGCAUGCGACACCGUUACAUCGUCAAGCGUAAACAGGACUCGCUCUGGAACCUAAUAGAAGGAGCACACGAUGCCUGGUCCGGGUGGUUAUGCGUCCUGAUCGUCGGUCUGUUUACCGGAGCCGUGGCAGGCGUCAUCGACAUCGGCGCCAGCUGGAUGACGGACCUUAAGUUCGGCAUUUGUCCUCAGGCGUUCUGGUUGAACAAGGAACAGUGUUGUUGGUCGUUCAACGACUUCGAAGAGGGCAAUUGCCCACAGUGGUUAUCGUGGUCAGAAGUCUUGGGGCAGACCAGAGAAGGAGCUGGUGGUUACAUUAUUUCUUAUUUGUUUUACGUCUGUUGGGCCCUGCUCUUCGCCGCACUGUCCGCAUCUCUGGUGAGGAUGUUUGCACCGUACGCCUGCGGUUCAGGUAUUCCAGAAAUUAAGACAAUCCUAAGCGGUUUUAUUAUCAGAGGUUACUUGGGAAAGUGGACACUUAUUAUUAAGUGUGUGGGCCUGAUACUGUCGGUAUCUGCCGGCCUGAGUCUAGGUAAAGAAGGUCCAAUGGUGCAUAUAGCAUGCGCAAUAGGCAAUAUUUUCUCAUAUCUAUUUCCCAAGUACGGAAGGAAUGAGGCGAAGAAGAGGGAAAUUCUGUCGGCGUCUGCGGCGGCCGGCGUAUCAGUGGCCUUCGGAGCACCCAUUGGAGGUGUACUCUUCAGUUUAGAAGAAGUCAGUUAUUACUUCCCACUGAAAACAUUGUGGAGAUCCUUCUUUUGUGCCCUGAUAGCAGCUUUCAUCCUCAGAUCUAUUAACCCCUUCGGUAACGAGCAUUCUGUAUUGUUCUACGUUGAAUAUAACAAACCGUGGAUAUUCUAUGAACUUAUACCUUUCAUUGGAUUAGGUAUUAUUGGCGGGGUUAUUGCAACGAUUUUCAUCAAGGCGAACUUGUACUGGUGCAGAUACAGAAAGUUCUCCAAAUUGGGACAAUAUCCAGUCACUGAGGUUUUGGUUGUCACAGCUUUAACAGCAAUAAUCGCAUAUCCUAAUCCUUACACCCGUAUGAACACUAGCCAGCUAAUUUAUCUUCUGUUUAGUCAGUGCAGCAUCUCGAACUCAGACAACUUAUGUGACUACAAUCGUAAUUUUACUGAUGUAAAAUCAGCAAUAGAACUUGCACCAGCUGGUCCGGGCGUAUACACGGCGAUCUGGCAGCUACUCCUAGCCCUCAUCCUGAAGUUGAUUAUGACCAUCUUUACCUUCGGCAUGAAGGUCCCCUGCGGACUUUUCAUCCCCAGUUUGUGUUUGGGUGCCAUUACAGGCCGUAUUGUAGGCAUAGGCGUCGAACAACUCGCCUACAACUAUCCCAAACUGUGGUUCUUCAGCGGGGAAUGUUCGUCCGGCGACGACUGUAUAACCCCCGGCUUGUACGCCAUGGUGGGUGCGGCAGCUGUUUUGGGCGGCGUCACCAGGAUGACGGUGUCUCUGGUGGUCAUUAUGUUCGAGCUGACGGGCGGUGUCAGGUAUAUAGUGCCGUUGAUGGCUGCCGCCAUGGCCAGCAAAUGGGUGGGCGACGCUCUAGGCAAACAGGGUAUUUACGACGCUCACAUAGCCCUAAACGGUUAUCCGUUCUUGGACUCCAAGGACGAGUUUCAACAUACGUCUCUGGCAGCCGACGUUAUGCAGCCCAAGAGAAAUGAAACUUUGAGCGUGAUAACUCAAGACUCCAUGACGGUGGACGACAUCGAAUCCCUACUCAAAGACACCGAGCACAACGGAUAUCCUGUUGUGGUGUCGAGGGAGUCGCAGUACCUCGUCGGUUUCGUCUUAAGGAGAGACUUGAAUUUAGCUAUAGCAAACGAUAAAAGAAUGGUAGACGGUAUUUGCGGACAGUCGCUCGUCUUGUUUACCAGCGGAAAUCCGCCUCAGACCUUGGGGCCACCACCGCUGAAGCUGAAAAAGAUAUUGGACAUGGCUCCAAUCACCAUCACAGAUCAAACGCCGAUGGAAACGGUGGUGGACAUGUUCAGGAAAUUGGGACUGAGACAAACCCUAGUCACACAUAAUGGUCGACUAUUGGGCGUGAUCACAAAAAAGGACGUCCUUCGACACAUAAAACAGAUGGACAAUGAAGAUCCGAACUCAGUUCUUUUUAACUAAUCAUAUUUCAAUUUUGUAUGAUAUAUAGUUGUUUGUAUAUUGUUUGAACCUUACAUAGACCUAUACAUACGUUUAUAUAAUUAUACUUAAUAUAUUAUUUAUUUUGUAAGUAAUUAUUUUAAUUAUUUAGCGACGUUAUUAAGUUAACGUUUUAACAAGUCUUCCCCCUGUAUUAUUUUCUUUUAUUCUGUCCUAAUGAUUAGACCUUAAGCUAAACAGCAAAUAUUUAAAGAUGUAUAUGUUAUUUUUGAUUAAUGCUCAGAACAGGUAUAUAAAUAAAAAGUUUUAUAAGUAUUA